AGAGUAUAUAGCAUAUACAGACAUCUAUCAAUCUUGCAUCUUCAUCGCCACCUCCUUCUCGCUCACGUCCUCAAGAAUAUACCCUCGAUCUACUAGACUCGAUCAUGAGCUUGACAUCACGCCAGAUCGUCACCACCGCAAGAAGUGCGACCAAACGAGCUCCCACUCUGGCCUCGAUCGCCCACAGGGCACCUACCUCAACAGCUCGAACCCGAUCAUGUUUGCCCCGUAGGGGCACAUCUAGGUCAUCAGAUCCAGCUCGAUCGAGUUCGGUCCUCGCCUCGAGGUAUUAUGCUACGGUAUCUUCGCCCUCGACGACUAGUCCUACGGUCGAUGAGACCACGGCGGUACCCUCGAUCUCGCCAGAGAACACAUAUGAUAUCGUCAUCAUCGGAGCCGGUAACGCUGGUCUCGCCCUCGCCGCCAGUUUACUCUCAAAGCAACACCUCCUCAGUAACCGCCGAGUCCUCCUAGUCGAAGGGGGCAAGCUCGAUCGGGUACGGAAUUGGAAGGGUACCGAACAGCUCGAGAACAGGGUCAGCAGUAUCACGGCGGAGAAUGUCGAGUUUCUCAAAAGCAUCGGCGCCUGGCAGUAUAUCGAGAAAUCCCGAUCAUGCCCCGUCAAGGAUAUGCUCGUUUGGACCUCUACAGGCUCCGCUUCCUCUCAGAUUCAUUUCCCCGCCACUCGAUCCCCAAUGGCGUACAUGACCGAGAACACCAACCUUCAACGUGCGCUCUUGCGUCGGAUCGCCGAGGUUGGACAGGGCAAGGUAGAGAUCCGGGAAGAGGCGAAGGUGCAGGAGAUGCGAAUGGAUGAAGGGAAGAGGUCCGUGGUCCUGAAAUUGGGAGAAGAGGGGUGGGUCAGGGGCGGGGUCGUGGUCGGAGCGGACGGGCCAAAUUCGCCAGUCAGGUCGUUCUCAAAGAUCGAAUCAUUCGGCCACCCGUACCCUACUCACGGGAUCGUCGCUACUCUGAACCACGGUCGACUUGAUGCCAACCAUACGGCUUUCCAGCGAUUCUUGCCUACCGGCCCUUUGGCCUUUCUGCCAAUGACGCCGACUUCAUCCACCAUGGUCUGGUCCACCAAACCCGAACUCGCCGCUGCUUACAAGGCACUUGGACCGGAAGCGUUGGCCCAUCUCGUCAACCUCGGUCUAUACGCAUCGGAACAGGAAUUGGAGAAGCUCAACAUGGCGAUCCUCAGCCAAGGCGUUUCUGCAGAGAUGAUCGAGGCCGAGAGUCAACGCGUCUUGUCAACACUUACGAACCAGGACGUCAAGAGCUUGCCCCCUCCCGUGAUGAGCAUCGCGGAGAAAUCGGUCGCUUCGUUCCCUUAUCGGUUGUCCCAUGCCGAGAGCUACAUCGGCGAUCGAACGGCUCUGGUAGGAGAUGCUGCGCACACGGUGCAUCCCCUCGCUGGGCAGGGCUUGAACAUGGGUCUGGCGGAUGUCAAGGCAUUGGCAGAGACUUGGGACCGCGUGGGCAAGGUCGGGGGUGACCUGGGCGCUUAUACGGCGAUGUUGGCAUACCCGCGUGAGAGAUAUCCGGCGAAUCACCUCUUGCUGUCGACCACGGACAAGCUGCAUCACAUUUUCGGUACUAGGAUGCCGAUCGUCAACUGGGCUCGAUCGACAGGGAUGGACUUGAUCAAUGAGAUGACUCCCGUAAAACGAGCUCUGAUGGAGAGGGUUGGAGCGAAUGCAGGGGUCAAAGAGAAGAGCUGGUAUGAGGCUGGAGCGGAUACGCUGGACGGGUGGAAGACGGUCAAGAGUCUCGCUGGGAUUGCACGAGCAGGAGCCGGACAGCUGAUCAGUAACGGCGCGCGCAAGUUGCUCGAGCGGGGAGCGAACCUGGGCCGGCCGACCGAUCUGGCUUCUCGUCGAUCGAUACAUACCUCGGCCACGUUAGCAUACCCGAAACCCAAAGCUCCGCCAAUCAAGAGACAAGGACCGAUGCCUCUGCCCAGGAAAGAACAGGCCGAGUUCGAUGCGCUCGUCAAGGCUGCUCAAGGACCCGGCGUAUCGCUGGAUGACGCCCGAGCUCAAGCUCAAACCAAAACCCCGGCGUCGAAUGCCGAUCUGAUCGCGCAUCGGGAUCUGAGGCGCACGACCUCGAAAAAAGAGUUUGACGGAGAGGUAAACCCGAAGACGGGCGAGGUGGGCGGGCCGAAGAGGGAUCCGUUCCACGCGGGAGAUGGGGACUGGCAGUAUUCAGGUCGAGUGACCGAUUUCUAAGACCAAAGUUCGAGAGAUAUUUAUCAAUGAUAUGUAAUUAAAGAUAAUCGACAUCGUCAUGAGCGAUGAACUGUAUCAAGGAUGACUAGGCCACGGUCGAAGGGCUCGUGCGAGAGAAAAGGCCUCUCCGAUGGGCUUUGUUCUGAAGAUGAUGGGCUCGCAGUAGCGAC